AUGCCCUCGGCGGUGGGGGUCUGGGUCGCCGACUUCUUCACCUACGAGACCACCAAGUCUGUGGUGGUCAAGAGCUGGUCGGUGGGCAUCAUCAACAGGAUUGUUCAGGGGUUCAUCAUCGCUUAUUUUGUGGGCUGGGUCUUCAUCCAUGAGAAAGCCUAUCAGACCACGGACACAGGAAUCGAGUCUUCCGUCAUGACCAAAGUCAAAGGUUUUGGCUUCCAUAACGGGCGAAUCAUGGAUGUGGCCGACUACGUCCUUCCUCCCCAGGGAGCCGGAGUGUUCUGCAUCAUGACCAGACUCAUCAUCACGGAGAACCAGUUCCGAGGCAGAUGUCAGGAGUCUCAGGGCAGGUACGAGUGUCACACGGAUGCAAACUGCACCAAACAUCUGGACUCCAUCCUCACCAACGGUAAGAUCACAGGAACGUGUUUAAGGUACGGUGAGGAGCUGGGUAAAUGUGAGAUCGAGGGUUGGUGUCCUGCCGAAGACGACUCGGUGACGCUCACGCCGAUGAUCGACGUCCUGAACUUCACCAUCUUCAUCAAAAACAGCAUUCGCUUCCCUCUAUUUGAUGUCACAAGGGGGAACUUCCCCUCCACCAUGACGUCGAACGAAAUCAAGAGAUGCCUCUACCAUCCUGAGAAAAAUCCUUACUGCCCCAUCUUCUCCAUCAGAGACAUCUUCACUUAUACGAAGCAGAAUGUAACCACCCUCGCAGAAAAGGGAGGAGAAAUUGGAAUAAACAUAGAGUGGAAGUGUAACCUGGACCUGGACAUUGAGCAGUGUAAACCCCGAUACUCCUUCACAAGACUGGACGCUCCCUUUGCCAAAAACGCUGUCUCCAAAGGUUACAACUUCAGGUUCGCCAAAUAUUUCAAAACAGACAACGGGACGGAGUAUCGGACUCUCCACAAGGCCUUUGCGAUUCGAUUUGAUGUGAUGGUCACUGGAAACGCAGGGAAGUUUGACAUGGUGCCAACACUGAUCAACCUGGUGGCUGCCUUCACCUCCAUUGGACUGGGCACGGUUCUGUGUGACCUCAUCUUGCUCAACUUCCUGAAAGGAGCCGAUCAGUACAAAGCCAAAAAAUUCGAGGAGGUUUCGGAUGCUCAGAUAGCCGCGUCCCUGGCUCCGAGCCCUGAAAGUCAGCUCUCUCUCAAGCGAGACAUCAAGAGCUCCUACGAUUCCGGAGCCCUUUCCCUCGCAGCUUCCGACCAGGCCGUCUGACUGGAGCGCCUUCAUCGUAAAAAGGGACAUUCUACCUGUCAAUCAAUACCUAAAGCCGAAUCUGAUGAACUGGUUUGCUUCCUGCACGGUCACACAGGAAGUGAGACAGAGGCAUCUCCAAGCUCAGUCAAAUCAAUAUUUUCAUCCUGUACAGCCGUAAAGCCCAAAGAAAACAC